AUGGCGAAUAUGCGUCACCGCCAUUCCAUUCAUGUCACACAUUCAUUGUCAGCAACUGACGCAGUGUCUGAUUCGAUAUCACCGCUAUCGAAUAAGCAUCGUCCAAGUCUUCAAUCAUCGUUGCCACAUGGAGGGCUCAUAAUUUUCAGUUUUCUGAUCGUUUAUAUUUCGGCUUUUGCUGCCGUAACUUUCUGGAAUACGUGGCUCCCACAGCCAAAGGGACUAAGCGCACCUUUAAGCGAAUUUUCAGAAAACAGGACCCGUUUAGUACUGGAUAAGAUCAUGGACUUCGGGUACCGUCCUGUGGGCACUAAAGCCAAUGAAGAAUUGACCCCAAAGUACUUGCUGGAACAGAUUGAACAAAUCAAAGCAAGUAAAGCAGAAGGAGUGAGUGUGGACGUUGACAUCCAGAAACCCUCCGGUGCUUUUGGACUGAAUUUUAUUGCACAAUUUCAAAACAUUUACGCCAAUGUAACAAAUAUUCUGGUGAAAGUAUCACCGUGUAAUGCGACGAUUGAAGCUUUGAAUAACUCGCUUAUGAUCUCAUCUCAUUACGAUGCAGCCAUUGGAGGAGCAGCCGCGUCCGACGAUGGAGUCAAUAUUGCAAUAAUGGUCGAGCUGUUGCGAAUAUUUGUGUUGGAUCCACCAAAACACGCGACCUUAGUGUUUAAUUUUAAUGGAGCGGAGGAGACAAUUAUGCAGGCAGCCCAUGGUUUUAUCACGCAACAUCCGUGGACAGAUACAAUUCGAGCAUUUAUCAAUCUGGAAGCUGCCGGUGCUGGGGGUCGAGAGUUAUUGUUCCAGACAGGUAGUGAUGAAUUAGCCAUGGCUUAUGCAGAAGGAGCCAAGUACCCACAUGCGAGUAUUAUUGCCCAAGAAUUGUUCCAGUCAGGAAUUAUUCCUGCUGAUACUGAUUAUCGAAUCUAUCGUGACUUUGGCUUCGUCGCUGGCAUGGACUUUGCAUAUAUUGCGAACGGCUACGUGUAUCACACGGCUCUCGAUGAUGUUUCUCGAAUCCAAUUAGGUUCAAUUCAGCGACUCGGCGAAAAUAUUGUAGGUAUCGUGAAUGUAUUGGGUAAUGAACCUGGUCGUCUUGAAAAAGUAGCCAACAAUUUGCAGACCUCAAGAGCAUUCUUUGCGGAUGUUAUGGGAUUUACGAUGAUCACUGCGAGCAAAGAAAUGACCUUUAUGCUAUGUAGUGGCGUGCUUAUCGUGGCACUCAUAUAUCUGGUACUUUCCAAAAUUACAUUCUCGGAACGUUUGACGGCAUUUGUGCUUCUUAUGCGGUGCUAUGGUGCUGCACUUGCAUCUUCCUUGACAAUAGGAAUACUAUUGAGUGUGUACGCUCCACUCUCGUGGUAUUCACAGCCUUAUUUGGCAGGUGCACUCUUUAUUUCUCCAGCACUUGCCGCAAUGGUUCAUCAGUUAAUAUUAGUGCUCGAGAAGGUCAAAACUCCUUUGCUAAUGUUGUGGCGUCUACAAGAAAGUCUUUUGGAGGCAGUGAUGUGUGUGUGGAUGGCUGGAUUGGCCAUUUGCAUGCAAUUAGGGCUGAUCUCGAGCUACGUCUUGGCACUGUGGGUUAUCUUUCCAAUAUCGGGACAAAUCUUGUCUCAGUUCUUAAUGAACUUUCGUAUCUAUUCAGCGAGUAUAUAUUUGAUCAUUUCUCUUUCUGCAAUCAUGAUUCCCGUGGUCCAUACGAUGUGUUGCUUCGCGGUUGCACUCAUGUUUUUUAUUCCUUUGCUCGGCCGAAGUGGCCCAGUGUUGCCUCCGGACUUGGUGCUGUCAAUUUUAAUUAAUCCAUACUCCGACGAUUGCCCGAAACGUAUCAUGGUCCAGCAUGUUUAUCGAAAGGUGGUGCUAGCGAAUGGAAAAGUCAAGACGGACUCAGGUCUUUGGGUCAAUUCCUUGGAUUUUCGUGGAUUGGAUCCGAUUAAAAGCUAUAUGAAGAGAACGCAGUGGAAAUAUGAUCAUAUGCACGUAGCUCCAACAGAGCUUUACGAACACGCUGAAGUGUAUGGUCACAUGCCAUGGUCUCUUCCGGUAAAGCACAUAUUGCCUGAAGAUAAGUCGUGGUAUCUUUCAGCUGCCCCGCCGAAACUGCCUGAUGAUUCACAUGAGGCCAAUCUGCAGGUGUUGUCAUCGACGUACUCAAAGACAACAAAUCGCCGAACUAUUCACUUUGUGUUUACCGGACCUUCCCACAUGAAUCUCUUUAUUGAUGCCAAGAAAACGAAUUUAACGUCAUGGUCUAUGGGAAACGGUGUAAGCGGACCCGUUGCUGAGGCGGAAGAUGCGUAUAUAUUGCAGUUUUGUAGCGGUAUCGUUCCAGCAAGCUAUCAAUUCUGGAUCGAGGCAGAGUCUAACGAACCGAUCAACGUAGCUUUCGUCGGUCAUUUUCUCGAAGCUACGACUUCAGAGAUGAAUGAGUUCGCCAGCGUAUUGCCAACUUGGACAACUCUCGCAUCAGCAGUAUCAACGUGGACAACAAUGCAGAUUUAG